AUGGAAGAGGUUCCAACUUUGCUUUCCACUUUUAAGAAACUUGGAAUCAAACCCAAGAUGGAUAGCCCCGAGGACUUCAAAGCUUGGGCUUUAGCUUAUGCUGAAUCGCUAGGAGGAACUGAACCGAAAGAACAGAAACCAGUUGUUAGUACGGUUGAGAUUAGUCAACCACCCAGAAUUUCUUUUUUCUCAGGUGACAUUGGUGUCAAAGCAGAAAGUUCUUUUGAUACUUGGGUCUAUGAGAUAGAUUGUCUUAAGAGAGACAAGAAGCACUCUCCUGAGGUAAUUACCCAGGCAGUCAGGCGGUCUCUUAAAGGCGAUGCGGCUACGGUUGCAAUGCGCCUAGGUUCUGAUGCUAGCCUUAGUCAGUUGGUUCAUAAACUACAAAGUAUUUAUGGGUCUGUUGAUGAGGGUGAGGCACUUCUUGGCGAGUUUUACAGCGCUCGGCAACAAGAUGGCGAAGAUGUUUCGUCUUGGGGUUGUCGAGUAGAGGAUUUGUUUUAUAGAGCUUUCAAGAGCAACGCAGAUCAGAUGAAUGCCAACCACAUGCUGCGAACUAGAUUUUGGGGUGGACUACAACAGUGGAUCAAGGAUUGUAGUGGCCAUAUCUUUGACAAGAUCCAAGAUUUUGACAGACUGAGAGUGGAGCUGCGCCGAGUUGAACAGAACCAUAUGGUUUCGGUUUUCAUCAGGACGAAGCAACCCACCAAGAAGCCUGUUCCGGUCAAGAGGAGUUUGCUCGCUCCACCUCCACCACCGUCCGAAAUGGAGGGUAUCAAGAAACUUGAGGCCAUGAUGUACCAACUUUCUUCAAGAUUCGACAAGUUAGAGACUCAGUUACAUGACAGGCCAACCAGAGGUCCCACACCUGAUAGACAGCCACCCACCACACCUUCGACUUAUAAGGGUGUAAGAACCCAUGCACAGUCUUCUUCAGGCAGAACUCCACAACGUCGAAAGGAGAUACAGUGUUGGAAAUGUGGACAAGUUGGACACAUAGCCAUAGGUUGCAGAAAUGAGCCUCUGGAUUUAAACUGA